AUGUCUCAACAAAAUUUAAGGCAGGAAGCCGAGGCGAAACAAGAAGCGCCGCCCAACCAAUUAUUGCAACAGUCAGUUUCAAUUGCGAUACCUGACCAGCAACAACAGGCAGCGCCCAAUGCAACAAUUGACCAUAAGCAGCAAUUCAAAGUUGACUCUCAACAACAAUUUAAAGUUGACCCUCAACAGCAAUUUAAAACUGACCAUCAACAGCGAUUCAAAAUGACUGAUGAAUUGAACCGCAGAGUGCAUACGCUAGAAUCUACGAAUGCACAAUUACAACACGAGAUUGAAAAGUGGCGUAGAGGUUCACAAUUGCGAGAUACCGAAUUUACACAGAUCAGACAGGAAAAGGCAAAACUCGAAAGUGAAUUGUCAUCCAUGGAGUCGCGAUUUGGAGCUGCGGUGAACAUAAGAUGGUCAGACAACGAUACCAAUAGUGCCUACUCGUUAAGAAAAGAUUUAGAAAAACUAGAUGGAAUUUUGUUUAAUUAUACGACUCUCAAAAAAGGAGUGGAAAUUAAUUAUGACAGUUUCAAACCUCUACUUCAAAAGUACAAGUGUAGGAUAAAGGACGACGAUACGAACGACAGUCUACUCCAAGCAGCUUUACAAAGAUUGAUAUUCGAGGAGGUGUUUGCUCAAGCCGAUGAGUAUUUCCAAAACCCGCCAACGCAAUCAAGCUCGCCCGAUAGCAUUCUAGAACGCGAGAUCACUGAACUGACUCGUCAACUAGUGGUUCAGCUUCAAACUUUCGUUACCAGCCGACUAGGCACGGACAAAUUCUCUUCAAUUGCUCCAAUACGUAUCAGGCAGAUUUCCAACGCAGUCUUAGGCUCGAGAGGCUUUGCAUGCACGAGUCAUCCUCUAGUCACCGACAUUGUAUCUAGACUUGAUAAGACAUUGUCUCAGUAUCGAAAAUUUACUGACUCCAAGAAGAAAGCAACACUCGACGCGAAAUCGAAUGAUUUA